AUUAUUGAUCUGAAGGGUAAAUGUGGAGGGAGCCACAGAGUGGGGUCCAGGCUUUUCUGAGAAGAGAGGCAGCCUCUUCCAGGAAGAAAGUGGUGUCUACUGGCUGCCCGGCCUGGAGAACCUUCUUUGAAUGAAAACGGACAAAAUGCAAAGCAGUGUGUUGGCACAGUGAUUUGGAAAGGGGAAACAGAAGAGAAGGGUCUCACCUUCCGCGCAAGGCUGAGCUGUUGGCACCCUGCUGCGGCCGUCGGUGCUGCUGCUCCUGCAGCUGCCUUUUCUGCCAUCAGCUUUGUUACCUAACAGCUUGGCUCUUUUGGGAAAUAUAGACAAGCUGGAACCCAGGAGCAGUUGGGAGUUUUAAAGAAUGCCAGCCUUUUUAAAGCUUUGAUGUCCAGUGCUAUAGAAUCAAGUUACUGUGGAGGUCAAAACAAUUUGAGAUAUAUAAGCUGGCCUUAGAAAAUAAAUUGCCUCUAACUUACAGUGAGGAGCUCAACAUAACAGGGAAAAGGAGCACAGGAUGCAGCUACUUGGAGGGUGUUGAUUGAAAACUUCGAUCUCCCCACCCCAUUCACGGUUGAUUUGACGGAUUUCUCACCUCGUUCACAGAGAAAAUUUCAAUUAAGGCCCCUUUAGAUGGAAUAUAAUACAGCAGAAGCCUUUUCAUCAAAAGGAUUAAUGCCUGCCUCAUCAUUUCUGCAAUAAAACAAGAAGCUAAGUGGUGGAGGCCACAGACACCUCAAACCUGGAUUCCACAAUUCUACGUUAAGUGUUGGAGUUUUUAUUACUCUGCUGUAGGAAAGCCUUUGCCAAUGCUUACAAGGAACUGUUUAUCCCUGCUUCUCUGGGUUCUGUUUGAUGGAGGUCUCCUAACACCACUACAACCACAGCCACAGCAGACUUUAGCCACAGAGCCAAGAGAAAAUGUUAUCCAUCUGCCGGGACAACGGUCACAUUUCCAACGUGUUAAACGUGGCUGGGUAUGGAAUCAAUUUUUUGUGCUGGAAGAAUACAUGGGCUCUGAGCCUCAGUAUGUGGGAAAGCUCCAUUCCGACUUAGACAAGGGAGAGGGCACUGUGAAAUACACCCUCUCAGGAGAUGGCGCUGGCACCGUUUUUACCAUUGAUGAAACCACAGGGGACAUUCAUGCAAUAAGGAGCCUAGAUAGAGAAGAAAAACCUUUCUACACUCUUCGUGCUCAGGCUGUGGACAUAGAAACCAGAAAGCCCCUGGAGCCUGAAUCAGAAUUCAUCAUCAAAGUGCAGGAUAUUAAUGAUAAUGAGCCAAAGUUUUUGGAUGGACCUUAUGUUGCUACUGUUCCAGAAAUGUCUCCUGUGGGUGCAUAUGUACUCCAGGUCAAGGCCACAGAUGCAGAUGACCCGACCUAUGGAAACAGUGCCAGAGUCGUUUACAGCAUUCUUCAGGGACAACCUUAUUUCUCUAUUGAUCCCAAGACAGGUGUUAUUAGAACAGCUUUGCCAAACAUGGACAGAGAAGUCAAAGAACAAUAUCAAGUACUCAUCCAAGCCAAGGAUAUGGGAGGACAGCUUGGAGGAUUAGCCGGAACAACAAUAGUCAACAUCACUCUCACCGAUGUCAAUGACAAUCCACCUCGAUUCCCCAAAAGCAUCUUCCACUUGAAAGUUCCUGAGUCUUCCCCUAUUGGUUCAGCUAUUGGAAGAAUAAGAGCUGUGGAUCCUGAUUUUGGACAAAAUGCAGAAAUUGAAUACAAUAUUGUUCCAGGAGAUGGGGGAAAUUUGUUUGACAUCGUCACAGAUGAGGAUACACAAGAGGGAGUCAUCAAAUUGAAAAAGCCUUUAGAUUUUGAAACAAAGAAGGCAUACACUUUCAAAGUUGAGGCUUCCAACCUUCACCUUGACCACCGGUUUCACUCGGCGGGCCCUUUCAAAGACACAGCUACGGUGAAGAUCAGCGUGCUGGACGUAGAUGAGCCACCGGUUUUCGGCAAGCCGCUCUACACCAUGGAGGUUUACGAAGACACUCCGGUAGGGACCAUCAUUGGCGCUGUCACUGCUCAAGACCUGGAUGUAGGCAGCAGUGCUGUUAGGUACUUCAUAGAUUGGAAGAGUGAUGGGGACAGCUACUUUACAAUAGAUGGAAAUGAAGGAACCAUCGCCACUAAUGAAUUACUAGACAGAGAAAGCACUGCGCAGUAUAAUUUCUCCAUAAUUGCGAGUAAAGUUAGUAACCCUUUAUUGACCAGCAAAGUCAAUAUACUGAUUAAUGUCUUAGAUGUAAAUGAAUUUCCUCCAGAAAUAUCUGUGCCAUAUGAGACAGCCGUGUGUGAAAAUGCCAAGCCAGGACAGAUAAUUCAGAUAGUCAGUGCUGCAGACCGAGAUCUUUCACCUGCUGGGCAACAAUUCUCCUUUAGAUUAUCACCUGAGGCUGCUAUCAAACCAAAUUUUACAGUUCGUGACUUCAGAAACAACACAGCUGGGAUUGAAACCCGAAGAAAUGGAUACAGCCGCAGGCAGCAAGAGUUGUAUUUCCUCCCUGUUGUAAUAGAAGACAGCAGCUACCCUGUCCAGAGCAGCACAAACACAAUGACUAUUCGAGUCUGUAGAUGUGACUCUGAUGGCACCAUCCUGUCUUGUAAUGUGGAAGCAAUUUUUCUACCUGUAGGACUUAGCACUGGGGCGUUGAUUGCAAUUCUACUAUGCAUUGUUAUACUCUUAGCCAUAGUUGUACUGUAUGUAGCACUACGAAGGCAGAAGAAAAAAGACACCCUGAUGACCUCUAAAGAAGACAUCAGAGACAACGUCAUCCAUUACGAUGAUGAAGGAGGUGGGGAGGAAGAUACCCAGGCUUUCGACAUCGGGGCUCUGAGAAACCCAAAAGUGAUUGAGGAGAAUAAAAUUCGCAGGGAUAUAAAACCAGACUCUCUCUGUUUACCUCGUCAGAGACCACCCAUGGAAGAUAACACAGACAUAAGGGAUUUCAUUCAUCAAAGGCUACAGGAAAAUGAUGUGGACCCAACUGCCCCACCAUACGAUUCACUGGCCACAUAUGCCUACGAAGGGAGUGGGUCCGUGGCAGAGUCCCUCAGCUCUAUAGACUCUCUCACCACAGAAGCCGACCAGGACUAUGACUAUCUGACAGACUGGGGACCCCGCUUUAAAGUCUUGGCAGACAUGUUUGGCGAAGAAGAGAGUUAUAACCCUGAUAAAGUCACUUAAGGGAGUCGUGGAGGCUAAAAUACAACCGAGAGGGGAGAUUUUUAAAAAAGAAAAAGAAACACAAAUAUUAAUAGAAAUCACACACACACACACACACACACACACACACACACACACAGACUUUCUGGGACGAGAUUCCUUUGAUUACCUGGUUUCUAGUAAGUUACUAAAUUAAUCAUAUUGUCAGUUUUGGUUUAUUCUGCCAACACGAGAUACAUCCUAUAAUGUGUACUUGCUUUGUUUUGUUGUUUUGUUUUUUCACAAUCACACUGAGACAAGCUCAGGCCUAUUCAAUACAAUUUACUGACAUGACAACCUAGAACGAAGAUAGCUAUGUGGCAUCACGGUGGAAGAGUGUUAGAUUUUUCUUAAUUCCACUAAAGUGCCUAUUGAAACUCUUAUCAUUUAAAGUGGUGUACAGUACACUCUGCUGUGAUGGUAUUUCGGGAUUCAGAGAUAAAGAGGACAUAAAACAAAGACACCGUCUUUAUGUCAAGAAGCAAUAGCGACACUCUGACUCUCCUCAUUCCUUUUGAGAACAAAAGAAGAACACUUUCUGAUCUCCACCUUCUUCUAAUUCAAAAGGUUUUCUUUUUCUUUUUUAAACUGUAUGCUAAAACGUAUUUGUUUAUCCUAUCCUUUCAGAAAAUUGAAAUAAAUAUGAAAAUAUCAAGUUCAAUAUGUAAGUCCCGAAUUCUAGAAACAAUGUUUGAUCUUAACAUUAGUUCACAUUAAAGCUGUUCAUUAAAAUGUUACUUUCUUUUCCAAAAAAAAAAUAAAGAAAAAAAAGAAAAUAAAAAAUAUUCCUCUUUAUAAAGAGAGGCCUCAGGGCUCAAAUUACACAUUAAAAUAAAUAUUGGUUUUGCUUAA